AUGAAUCGCGAGCGAACGAGGGAUAGAAAUGUGGUCACAGUCAAAGAUUUAAAAGAUAGUGCUAGUAAGAACCUACCAAAGGUCUAUGCAGAAUUCCACGAUGAGGGCGCGAUGGAUCUAGUAACGCUCCGGGACAAUGAAGAGGCAUACAACCGGUAUAAAAUCAGACCACGCACUUUGGUAAAUGUCGAAGAUAUCGAUAUGUCUUCGGAGAUCUUCGGCGCCAAGCGUCGCCGAAGUUUCACUUGGGUACCCUUGCCAUUUUCAUUUGGGCCAACGGGUAUGCAAAGGUUAGCUCAUCCAGAUGGCGCGCUGGCAACUUCUCGGGCGGCUGCUAGCAGGAAUCUCGGCAUGGUCUUAGCGAUGCACUCCACUGUGUCACUGGAGGACGUCUCGCGACAAGGCAGUGCGAAUCCCUAUGGAAUACACAUGAUAAUGCUAAAAGACCGAGCACUCAUGAAGCAGAUUCUAAGAAGGGCUGAGGACGCGGGGUAUCUAGCGGUUUUUCUAUCCAUGGACUGCCCAACUUUAGGCAAGCGAAUUGAUGAGCACCGCAACGACUUCGUCAUCCCUGGAAAUCUGUGCUGGCCCAAUUUGCUCUCUAGGGGGAAAGAGGCGUUCUUCGGGCAGGUCAGUGGCAUGGACUUUGAUGCAAGUAUUGAAUGGCACAUUAUAAUACCUUGGCUUCGGCAAACGACACCCUUCCAAAUAUGGGUCAAGGGAGUUUCUACUGCUGAAGAUGUCGAGCUCGCCGUUCAAUAUGGCGUCGAAGGCGUUGUCAUUUCAAACCACGGAGGUCGUCAGCUAGACGGGGUACCCUCCCCGCUGGAUGCACUUCGAGAAUGUGCGCUUGUUGCCAAAGGAAGAAUAAGAAUUGCGGUCGAUGGUGGGAUUCGAAGAGGCUCAGACAUUUUCAAAGCCCUCGCCAUGGGUGCACAGCAUUGCUUUCUAGGGAGGAUUCCCAUCUGGGGCUUGGAUUGGAGCACUCUAAACUCACUGGAGAAAUUCGAAACGUACCAGAUUUCCCAGCGGAUAUUCUAG